GGUGACACAGGAAGUUGCAACGGACUUUAGAUGAUGAUAACAGACCCAAAUAAUCUCGUUUUCUGCGGCCACGAACAUUGUGAACAGGUCUAGACUAGUGGAAUGUUUUUUCUUAUUGAAGUGGCGAGGUGAAGUGGGACACUAGCGGAACUCCUUGAGCCCAACCCGAUCAGUCAGAAAUGAAAUUACAGUAACGUGUGAACGUUUAGACGCCGUGUUUUUCUACCAGUUUCUGUUUACUAGGUCAGCGCAUAUAUAACUUUGUUAUCAUAUCGCAACUUCAGACAUGAGACUAUGUGGAUAUUAGACGUAUUAUCGAGAUGGUUAUGAACUGGAAAGCGUGCUAGCCUGUGACAGUUGAUAAAGUACGAGAUCUGAACACUGGAUCCGGAAUGAGAUGAAACCGGAAGUCGGAGUUACUGAAAUGUGGAUUUUAGCCGAGGACUUACAAGAGGUUCCUGAAAGAUGGGGAAUAAGAUUGGCAUUAAUGGAAAGAAGGAUGCGCAGAGCCCAGUACAGCUUGAAAGAGGUGAACAUUCAAAUGUAGAGGAACUACGGAAGUGGUAUUCAGCCUCAUCGUUUACAGAAUUAGACAAAAAAGGCCAAGAGGCUUUCUUUAGGUUCCUGAGAGGGGAUUACUAUAGUGAAGAUGAGGACAUCUCAGCUGUGUCUGUUAAGGCUGAGGGAAUGGAGGGUGAUGCAAUGCGGUAUCAGUUCUGGGUUAAGUGUGAGGCACUGGAACUAGAAGACCUUUUUGAUGUGUAUGUCAUAGAUGAUGAAACAAAGCUGAAAGAUGUAAGUGAAAGCUAUAAAGAUAGAGAAAUAAUGAAAAUGAAAGCUUCAGCUGUAGACAAAUAUGUGAGGACAAUAAAAGACAGAAUGAAACCUGAUUUAGAUGAAAAAUUUUCUUUAUUCAAAAAGUCUUUGGGUGCAAAAAUUGUUGAGUCAUGAGAUUUUAUUAUUUUUUGUGAUUUUUUGUAUUAACAUUAGUUUGAUUAGUAUGAGGUUGAUUAGUACUCUAUGGCAAAAAUAUGUGAAAUUAUUUAAUAAGCAUUAACUUUGUAUUGUAUACCAUGAUUUUCAGUUGAAAUAUGCAAUUCUUUUUUGUGCUUCUAAAUGAAAUAUUUGUGAAAAAUGGCUGUUUUUGGCUUUACUGUAUGCUAGUAACAGUAUGGAAGUGAAGUUUUUUUUUUUAUUAUUAUCAGUUCAUGUAGUAAGGAUUAUAUUUGGUCAUCCUUGGUUUUUUAAAUUCAUAAUUUGGAAUCAGAAGUUUAAUUUUUUUCUUUUUCAUGAGGCUAAAAAUAAAUAGCAUAUGAAUAGAAGAACACCACCAGCUAUUUUCCAUAUAUUUUUACAGUCCCAUGACCUUUUUUUAAAUGGAAAGUAUCUCCCUUGUUGAUUAUAAAUUGGGUAUGCUAUUGCAAAUGUUAUAAUUCAAGACCUUUAUUGUCUUGAUUUUGUUCCAUACAUCCAGACAUGACUUGAGAGAGUUAUGUCAUCAUAAAGGUGCUACAUAUUAAGCUGAGUUAAUUGUGUACAAAAUGCUUGUCACAAAGUUGUGAAUGGUCACAUCUGAUGAUAUUGUUUUCCUAGCUCACUUAGUAAUUAGCAAGGGUAACGAGAAAGGUGUAGUAUCCACUAAUUUGAAAUUUGUGUUAGCGACAUGCCAGCCUUAGUGUUUUUAGGAUUUCUGGUAUGUCACCAUGUGAGGAUUCUUGUUUUUUUCUCAGCUGUGUGCUUGAGAACUGAAUGCUUUUUUUUUCUUCACACAAUGGGAUACUAUGUAUUGAAAUUUGGAAUAAGAAUGGGUUGUCCUUUGAGUUUAAAAUAAAAUUCUUGCUUAAGUUACUACACUUUCAGUUAUGCAGUGCUAACACAUCCAAAAUUUUGUUGAAGAGUUAGCAUCUCUAGCCGGAAACUAGUUGCCUUGUCAGAUGAUAACUUGAACUGUUUGUUGUCUGUAGGGGGUUUCAUUUUUAGUUUUCAAAUUUAUCUAUGAUCGAGGUAUUGUUGAUAUCAGAGGAAAAAUUAUUUUGAAAAAUCAUGGUAACAUACCAUGCUGUUCCAGUUUUUCCUUGGCAGUCUUUUAUGAAUUAAGAUGGGAGAUGUCCGGGUUUGUCUGCAAGUGCAAUGUGUCAAAAGUUUUCUUAAUGUAUUCUAGUUUGUUGCUACUGUCUUUUACAUUUAAAUGAUUUGUGAUCACAUCAGUACCAUAUUGGUGUACAGUUGGCUUUUGACUAGCGUGGAAUUCACUUUCACAUUUGGAAAAUGGCUGAAAAAUAUUAAACAAUAUCAAGGAAGUUCCAAAAUAUAUAACUUGAUUAUUAUAUAGAAAAAAUUACAGCUUAAUACAUAAAUGGAUGAUGAGCUUGUGACACUAUAAAUGUAGUAGUACUUAAACUGUUUUAAAAUCAUAUCUUGUAACUGCUAGUAUGACAUAACCAGAUUCUAAACAAAAUCAUAGUUAAGAUCACUGAUAGGUAAGUGCCAUUGCAAGACAUAUUGUAUCCAAUAAGAAUCCUUUUACUUCACAAUUACAUAAAUGAAACUCCAAAGAGAGAUAUAAUACUUGUAUUUCCUUAUUGGUUCAUUUAUCUUUAGUAUAAUAUUUGCAGUAAUGUUUUGUUUACAGGUUCUCUUUUAGAUCAUAAAAGAAACCAUUAUAUCUUCUUGAAUUAAAGAAAAUGUCUCUUGCUACUGCUGAUUAUUUCUCUAUCUUUAUAGCUUUCACUUACAUCCUUCAACUUUUUCCAUGUGUAUCCGUACUGAAUAUGUACUGACUUUUAUAUGAUAAUACUCAUUCCAAAAACAAAACAGUUUAACAACAGUUAUACUGUAUUGCAUAAGUAUGUGCAGAAAAGUUAAAUAACCAGUUUUCUAAAUAAAGUCUAUUAUUUUUCAGGAUUAAUUCCUGAAAACCAGCUUGAGAAGAGUCUUAUUAGGCUCAGCAGUCUGGAUAAACUAAUCCUUUAUUGAUAAAUAAAUAUUUUGCUUGGAGAUGUGCAUAGAUUAGGUAUAGGUUUUCAUAUACCCUACAUAUACCUUAUAUUUUGUAUAGGGGAUCUGAAUGAACCCAGUUUUUUCAUUUAUUCCUUGGGCUUUUGAGAUAAAAAUCUCCAUACAAGUUGAGACCCAACUGUACUUGUAAGUUCUGUUUUGAAGCUUUAAUACCAAAACUGUAUGUACUGCUGAAUACUGUGAUCAUAAAAUGCAGCAGUGUACUUAUUUGGAUUCUGAAGCACAUUUAUGCAGCUUAACAUAUGGUAUGAUGUGAUUCUAAUGUUGUCAUGAUCUCUGGUGUUGAAUUGAAAAGGUGUCCUAAAACUGUCUUGUAAACCCUAGGUACUCCAAGAAGAAGCCAUUAUGAAUAACAGCAUCUCUUUUAAUAAAUUUGAUAUGCUGGGAAGGCAAAUGCAUUAAAUAGAGAGCACUCUGUUCUAGAGUAAGAAAAAGCUAAGAUUGUAGUAUUUUUUUAUUUUUUAUUUGGAUCAGCUAUUUUAAAAUGUAACAAGAAUACAUUCUUUGGUAAAACCUUGGUAAGUUAUGUUUUGUCAUUGAAAGAGUAAAUAUGGUUGCUUAUUCAUGGCCAAAGAGGUAGUCAGGUGUUGAGGACAGUUUGAUAGCUCAUCUUUACAAUGUUGGAUAGGAACAUUCCAGGUUAAGUUUUUGAUUAUCCCUGGUGCUACAGUGACUGAUUUCCAAAUCCUACAGUUGUCUUUUGUUUCCUUUUUUGGUAGUAUAACAUUUAGUGGUUUUAUCUGUUAUGAGGAUAUUUUUUCAUGUAGAUGUUCUUUUUUUUUGUGAAAAAAAUUUUUCCCGCAUUUAUACUUAUAUUAAUUAAGACCCCAAGAAAGAAAAAAAAUGAGUUGUCAGGCAAUGAGUAUGAAAAGAAAACAUUUAAAGUACUUUGUAACUUCCAUGCAACUUCAAUUGUAUUCCCUUUCUAGCAAUGUGUGUCUCAGGACUGCUUUCUCUCAUUCACAUAUUUCAUCUUGCAUCAGGCUUCAUUCAUUCAUUCAUGCUUGCAUACAUGAUUCUGUUGAUUCUAUCCUGUCUUCUCUUAAUCCCAGUUUUCUCUUUCUUUAUCUGUCAGGUCACAAUCAGAUAUGUGUGAGGCAGUCAAGUUCAUUCCUCUGGUGCUAGUAUUGUUGUUUGAUCAUUUUAACUGGUUUAAUAGAGUUUAACAUUUAUCAUACUUUGUAUGUUUAUCUUUUGUAUUUCAACUUGGAUUGAUUUGAUGUCAUUUUUUCUCCCAUUUGUAAAUAGAGUUCCUCCUUCUCUGAGGUGCCAUGAGGCAGCAUCUUAACACAUUAACUGUGGAAAUCCAGAAUCUUCAAAUUGCUCUCUUCUUUUGUUGUACUACCAACCUUUGGAACUCUCGCAUUGCUGUCAUUUUCCUUAGCUAUUAUAACCUUAUGGCAUUCAAGGAGGGAAUCUGCCUCAUUUAGUGGUCACAACUUUGCUGAUUCCACUUUUUUUUACAUCCUUUGAACACUGGCAGCAAUAUUAUAUUUUUCUUUUCUGGCUGUUUAAUAAGAUAUUUCUGUAGUAACUGCAUUAAUAUUUUUGCUGUACUAUAUGUUUUAUGAUUAAAGACAUAUUUUGAUAGAUUUAACAGUUAUCAGUAAAAGUAUGCAUAAAAAUUUAGCAUGCUUUUUAUACCUUGUCCAUUAUUUAAUCACCAUUUUUCUAUUUACAAGAUUUGUUGGAUAUACAUACAGUGAACUCUCGUAUUCACGGGGGAUGCGUUCCAGACAGCCCAAGCAAAUAGCUAAAAUCUGCUAAUACUUAAAAUCCCUGAAAAAAUGCUUAGAUGUUGUUUAUGAAAUAAGAUCUAAUAGUAUACUGUUUAAUAACCACAAACCGUAAAUUACAGGCCAGCACUUUUAGAGCUAAUAUUUUCGAAUCUGAGGUCCAGUUAUACUAUUUGGUAAUAUUUACUAAUAAUGAAAAUAUAAUGCACGUGGACCAGUAAACAAUAUUUUAUAUGACAUUCCUGGUUAUAACUAUUGGAAGUAAAUGGAGAAGGAAGUUUUGUCAGAGUCUUCAACAUCCGGUACUUAAAUUUUUAAGUUGUAAUUUCUUGAAUAUAAUCUAGUACUAUAUUUACUAAGAACAGGCCAGCCCUGUGAUAGAUCAGAAUGUUAACUCUGUUCUUGUUAAACUGUUGAUAGCGAAUAGUCCCCAAUUAUUAGAUUUUAAGAAUGUAACUCAUUACAUGGAAUUAUAUUUUAUUAGAACAAACACGGGACCAGCUUGGUGACAGUUCGGAAUUUUAGGGAACCACCUAAUAAUGAUGAUAAUGUAUAAUUUGUACUUGUUAAAUGUGCAGUUACUGGAACGUGUUACAGGUUGGGUGUUAUAUUUUUUUAUGAAUUGAGAUGUUCACCAUAAAAAGGAGUUGUGCCACAUAAACAAGAUUUGGAGGAGGCAUUUAAAGGAUAUCUAACUUCCAAAGAUCACAAGUUCUUUUUAUUCAGUUUGUAUAUUGGUAUUCAUACAAAGGUUAACUUCAAGAUUAAGAACCAUUGCAUUAAAACUUUAGAAAUAAAGUUUUUUUUAUUGAAAUUUUGAGAAUUUGGCUUGGGGUGGAGAUGAAUAGAUCAAAGUUUAGUAAUUUUGAGUUUUCGAAUUCAGAGGGUAGCAAUAAUCAUCAUUAUAUCUAUUGGAUUUCAGUUAUUGUAAUUAGUAUGAAGAAUGCAUGAGUUUUAAGUAAGUCAUGAGUGAGAUUUUCUUGAAGGCCACAAGGCUUGCUCAUUGAUAUUCAAAUCUUCCUCGCAUUGUGGUUUAUAAUAGUACAAUAUUUAGGAAUUUCAGUACAGUAAUUGUAGACUAAUUUCACAGGAAGUUUUGUUACUUAUUGCUAUGUUGCUUCCAUGUCUUGAAAUAAAAGGCUUUCUUCCCAUAAAAAAUUCAAAUUUUUCAUUCUCAGUAACACAUCUUAUGUCAUAUACGCAUUCACAGUCAGUUGACGAUGUACAGGUAAUUAUUUUUUAUUAUUGGAGAACAGUGCAUCUGUAUUUAUUCAAAUUAAGUGCUGUUUCGACUAAAUCUGUAGCACUAAACCUCUAUCCCCCUUAGCUGAAGUACUUUGGGUGUCAUGUAAGUGGUGAAACGUCUUUCUUACUCCAAGGGUGUGGACUCGAUACUGAAGAUGAUUGGGAGUGUGAAACACACUUCUCCAAUUUGUCGUACUUGCCUUACUCUUUAUAGUGAUUUUGGGUUUUUACCAAUACCCACUUGAAAGGUCAUUGCCAAAUAGACCGCUUGGCAACAAUAUCUCAGUUUUGCAAAGGUGUGCUGAAAGCUCCUUCUUAUGGUAAAUGCUUUAUUUUCAAGUGUAUAAUCUAUAUUCUUCUAGGUUGUAAUUGUUUUAAUCUCCACAAUGUUUAUAAGGAAGUACUGCAAUAAUUUUCUUAAUUCAGUAGAUGUAUUUACAUGCAUUUGUUCUGUGACUUAUUCCAAAUAAUAAUAGCUAGUUCUUUUCACUAGAAUUAAAACUUGCAAAUGGUCGUACUGGCUGCUUUCUGAAAGUUUAUUUCUUGAAAUAUGUAAUAACAUAUUCUUUUUCUUAUCUAAUCAUGUUUUGUGCUAAAGAUAUAUAAAGUAUGUUUCUUUACUUUCUCCAUUUCUUUUAACAACUAGUGUUAAGGUAUUUCUAUGUUUACUGUAAGUGUUUUAUUUCAGUCAAAUGGAUGUAUAAUUGUCUGUGGAUACUAUUUUAGAAAUAUGUUGUACUCAGGUUUAUUUUGCAAUGAGUAUUUUGUACUUAAUAUUUUUAUCUUAAGCAGGUUUCUUAUCCCAUGCUUCAUCUGUAUUUUCAUAUUGCCAAACUGCGAGAGUUUUUUGGUCCUUAUACAUGUCCAGGGCCAGCCCUGUUACAGCUGAAAUUAGCUUAGUAGUCUGGUUAAGUUACUUAAUGAUAAUAUAUGCAUCCAGACUUUGUAAUGUAUCAGCAACUGCCUUAUUCAAAAUGUUUAAUGAUACAAAACCCUCCCUACAAGUUAGUGUAACUGGUGAGUAAUUACCAUUUACCCAUCACAUAUAUUUGUGGAAUUUACAUUCCAGUCUUUUUUUUAUUUGAAUGUAAAUAUAACCCUUUCCUGUUUUUAUAUGCAAUGGUUUGCAUCUGAUAUUUUCCUCAUAUAUUAUUUUACAUAUGUGAUUAAUAUAUAUUACCAGCAGCUCUUGAUUCUCAUGUUGGAAGUUCACUGAUCAGGAAUUACUGUCUAGUUUCUCUCAGGGUGGUAGUAAACAUUUUGUUAUUCUCAAGUGCAAUCUUUUCAAAUAUUGAUUCAAUACAAACAAAUUUCAUGUGAGUUAUAAAUAUGGAAUCAAUGGUCUGGUUAAAUUACUCAACAGCAGUAAAACACAGUCUAAUAAAUACUUAAAAAGUGCCUUGUGGUUUACCUCAGGAAAUGAGGCAUCUAAAAUCCUGGGGAUUUGAAGAAUAUUUAAGAAUUGAAUUGUGAAAUGAUACCACAGAUAUAAGUUAAAGAAGUACACUGCAAUAAAGAUCAUAAAUGAUAGAAAUACAGCACAUAAAGGUUUAGGACUGAAUUACGUACUUAGAGUUCGUUUCAUGUCACUUUUCUGUGACUCAUGUUUGGAUGAAUGUUGGUUCUGCUUAUUAUUUGUUAGUUUAACCAGACCUCUGAGUUGAAACGCUUGACCCUCAUAGGGCAGAUGUCAGAUUUAGCCUGUCAAUGCUGCAGUAAAUCCUUAGAUUGCACUAAGUAUAUAUGGAUGAGUGUUGUCUCACAUAAGGCUGCAGCUGCUAGGAAUGUAAAAAAAAAAUUUUUUUGUGGUUAGCAUGAAGUACAUUGUACUUUACAUGGUGAUGUCUUAUGAAAUGCAAGUCAGCUUUUGAAAAUAGAUUACUGGAUCUUUUGCAAUAUUUUGUAUAUUGAAUCCAUUUUCAUGAAUGCCUGCUAGAUGUUAUUGAACAUUAUAGUGUGCAGUAACAGAAACAUACAUUGCAGUACUGUAAACUCUGAUUGAAAAUAUAAUUUUCUACAUUCUUUCUUUUCAGUUUCAGCAGUUGAAGUUGCAUAUUCUGUUAUCAAUGAUGGCAAUUUACAUAUAAGGAUUUGUUUUACUUCUCUGAAUUUGCAAACCUUAUCAUUAUUGUUCUUUUGUAAGUAGCUUUAUAGAAGUGAAUGUAAUAAGUCAGUAUACAGUUUGAAUUACAGUGCAGUCCUGAAGAUUUUGUUGAAAAUAUGAUCUUCAGGAGAUGAUACUUUGUCUGUGUUGUUUUUGAUGUACUACUCUGAAAUGUCACAAAAUGAUUUAUGUUGCUGUACUUGUUAUAAUACUGAAUUUUUUCAGAUAUUUCAGGAAAAAUUAAGAACUUACUUUUUUACUCAACAGUGUGGCAAUGGGUAACUAAAAUGAAAUCAUUCCUAUAAAAUUGUCCAAAUAUUAAUUAUAUUCAAGCAUAAAACACAAA